CGGGUUUAGGACACCUCCUGCAGCCUGUGGUGUGCACGGUGCGCACGGGGUCUGUGUCUCACGCUCGAACGGAGGCGGAAGGAGGGUUUCUGAUUUGCCAAACAGCAUCAGCAGCACUCUGGCGGUUCUGUGCGCUCAAGAGGAGCGGGGAGGAUGCAGAGGAGGGAGAGGCUCGGAGAGACACGGUGAUGCGGUGACACAUGGCAGCCUGCACCGCCUGCACGCUCUGACUGCGGCUCCCACUUUCCAUUCACCGGGAAACGGGAGAGGCUGCACACUGGGAUGCUGAGAGGCGCUGCUGGGAGGCUGAAGGCUGCUGCAACCACCGAGCAGGAUCAACCUCAGACAAACAAGCUGUAGAAGACACUGGGGACUGUGGAGACCGCUGAUCGGAUAGCCUGCUGAUUAUUCUGCUUGUUGUGUGCCUGCUGAUUUUUAUCCCCGCCGAGCCGCCGUAGCGAUGGGAGAUAACAUGUCCAAGCGGCUGAAGCUGAUCUCGGCUACAGAGGCAGAGAUGGAGGAGCGCUCUUUCCCAAACCCGUACCCGGACUGGGACCAAGGAGUCCUCACCUCCAACUCCGGAGCAGACGGAGACUACAAUGAGCCGUUUGACGCGGAAGGAAAGGUGAGCGCUGCAUUCCAGAAGAAGGUCCAGAAUAAGAUCAAAGAUCUCCUCGAGCAGAUGGAGGAAGGCCUGAAGACCGCCGACCCCCAUGACUUCUCCACCUACACCGGCUGGACAGGCAUCGCCUUACUGUACCUCCAGCUGCACCGGGUGACCCACGAGGCCGCCCACCUGCAGAGGGCACUGGACUACGUGAAGAGGAGCAUGAGGAUCCUGAAUGGUCGUAAAGUGACGUUCCUGUGUGGCGACGCGGGGCCGCUGGCAGUGGGCGCGGUGGUUCACCACAAACUGAAUAACACUGCUGACAGCCAAGACUGUCUGUCCAGGCUCCUCCAGCUGCAGAGGUCGGUGCUGAGUCCUGACUCUGAGAUGCCAGACGAGCUGCUGUAUGGCCGGGCCGGCUACCUCUACGCUCUGCUCUACAUUAACAAAGAGAUAGGAGCUGACACGGUGGAUGAGGGCACCAUUACAAAGGUGGUGACUGCCAUCGUGGAAUCAGGGAAGAACAUGUCAGCAGAGCAGAAGAAGACGGACCGCUGCCCUCUGCUCUACGAAUGGCACAAGAAGCAGUACAUUGGUGCCGCCCAUGGCAUGGCUGGCAUCUAUUGCAUGCUCAUGCAGCCAGGAGCUAAGGUCCACUCAGACAUCCUGUCGGAGCUGGUCCGUCCCAGCAUCGACUACAUCCGCCACAAGAGGUUCCGUUCAGGGAACUUCCCGUCAUCGCUGAGUAACGAGAGUGACCGGCUGGUUCACUGGUGCCACGGAGCCCCUGGUGUCAUCCAUAUGUUCAUCAUGGCUUAUAAGGUGUUUAAAGAGGAGAAGUACUUGAAGGAGGCUGCAGACUGUGCUGAGGUGAUCUGGCAGCGAGGCCUGCUCAGGAAAGGCUACGGCAUCUGUCAUGGCACCGCUGGCAACGGCUACGCCUUCCUGUCCCUUUACAAGCUCACGCAGGAGAAGAAAUACCUGUACCGCGUCUGCAAGUUUGCUGAGUGGUGUUUGGCCUAUGGGACCCACGGCUGUCGCAUCCCAGACAGACCCUACUCUCUUUUUGAAGGUAUGGCGGGGGCCAUCCACUACCUGUCAGAGGUGGCAGAGCCUGAAGCCUCCUGCUUCCCUGCCUUUGAGCUUUGACCUGCCAACUGAUGUGACUGAGGAUGAUGAAGGGGAAGAGGGACAAAGUGUUUUGGACCAAACUUGAGUCUUUGCUCAAGAGCUGGACAAGGAUGUGUUUGUGAUGCAGCUUUCAACCUGGGUCAUGAGUAAGUAGUGACCGACUGAAAAUGAGGAACUGAGCAGCGUGAGUUGGGUCAUGAUAUUGAUAAUGUGCAAAAGGACAAAGGGAAGAUUAAUUCUGGACAAAACCACAGGUUGAAUGUUGUUGAUCCUGUGAAAAUAAAAGCUGGACUGAAGAGGACAUAUUUGUCUUCCUGAAGAUGGACACUUAAAUCCUGCGGAGUCUAUCAUUGGAACUCUGUCCAAACAUGUGAGUCUUUCAGCUCUGAGGUCCCCCGUCAUCCUCCAUUGUGUUGGGGCAAAGACAUGGACCCCAUGUCUCUUCCUCACCCAAUUAAUCGCCAGCUGGCAUGGACACAGAAGAACACACUCUAACCCUCAGCCUUUAAUAUCAUAGCACCUAGGCCAAGAAAGAGGGUGAGUGUGUAUGCGUGUGUGUGUGAAGUGAACUAAAGCUGUUUUGGUAUUUCUAUGCCUCUGCAUGCUCACUGUAACUGGCUCUUGGUGCCUCAUAUUCUGUCCGUGUAGUGAUUUCCCCUUCCUGUGUUUGUAGGUGUGCUGUUUCACUUCUCCAGGUGUUUGUCACAUGGUGGAGAAAGGUUUCUCUGUCAACUUUCAUUUUAUGAACACAAGCAUAGUUUAAAGAUCACCAGGCUUUUGCGAAGCUAACCAGUAUAUCAGCUGUUAAGUCUUAAGUUUCUCUUUAAUUUCUGUGUAAGGAACUGUAAUAAUAUGACAGAUAUAGUGCAUAUUUUUUUCAUUUCCAAGUGACAAUAACAUUGUUUUUGGUGAGUUUUGGUUCAGAAUGUUGCGACAAGACUGUCCACUUCUGUGGUGACUGACUAGAGAGUGUCAUACAGUAUUGUACACAAGCCCUUGUUGGCCCUUUUUUGGACGAGUCUAUUUAGUUUUUGGUGUCAGUCAUUAGGUAUUUGAGUCUCAUGUCGUGUUUAGUACAAUAUUAAUUAUUUGGGAGGAUGUGUUGCGCUGUUUAGUCCUAUAACACUCUAGAGGCUAGUGCUUUGCUUGCUGAAGUUAGCACUCAUUUCCACCUGCCGUUCAUUUUUGAUGAUGUUAUUUCAGCUCCUGCACACUCUGUGUUGUCUUUGUCCCACGUGAUACGAUGGAGGGGUCCAGUUCGUGUUAGCGGUCUCUUCUGAGUCCAGUCUGGCACAGGGUAACGUAGUCCCCCAGUGCCAGAUGGAUCCCUUACAGACUCAUUGACUCGAGCCCUAAGCCCUUACAGACCUAGGACCAAUUCCAUUUCUUCUCCUUAGCCCUUGUCUUGGUCAGGUUAAGAGCUAACCUGACAGAGAAUUGGGACACCACUUCCCCUCACGUGAACGCGCAGAACCAAGGGGAAGGGCCAAGACUAGGGCUAAGGGGAAGAAAUGGAAUUGGUCCUAGGUCUGUAAGGGCUUAGGGCUCGAGUCAGUGAGUCUGUAAGGGAUCCAUUUGGGAUUGGGGGAUUGAGUCACGUAAGAAGGGCUGAAGUCACAAAGGGGACUAAUGUUCAGAAACGGCAAACACUGUGCCCUUAUUUCUGGUAACUGACCCUUCGCUAAGCUGUGUGUGCAGAUGAACGGUGUUUGGUUUCCUCUCUGUGCCGACGCCAGCACCCGAACCUCUGCUACCAGAUGGGCUGGGAGCUCUGGGCGAAGCCAGACACCGUUCAUCUGCGCACAAUGCAGUCACUGAUUCCUGUACAGCAGGGUCGGUCUUUGUUUCACUGUUAUAAUCGUUAAGUCAUCGUUAACCUUAACGUUAACUUCUGUGGUGUUCAGUUUGUCACAUUUAUAGCAUCAGUCCGGUUUAACACUUAGUGGUGAGACGGACGUGCGCAAGCAGGUCAAGUCGGAAAGUGUAAAAUGUAUGCAUUUCAUUUUCUGACAUAUUACAGAAGAUCACAUUUAAAUUUCACUCAUCUGAAAAGAGGGUUAACUCACUGUGGGCAAGUAUUAAUGUCGAGUCCUGUGACAGGAAAGAAAAAUGCUUUGGUGGACACGUAACGCCACCAGGUUGUGGACUGGCGAUUUAUUUAAUCUUAAGAUAGCCUGUGCAGGUUUUUCCCCCGUCAACCAAUCAGUUGGUAGAUGAGUAGGUAGAAUUCCAGUCUAUCAAAAUUUUCUUUGGUUGGUUAAAGCCGUAGUGUGAAGUCACCAGCCACUGUCCCCCAGCUGAGGCUUUUCCCCACAAAGUGACAAGUGACUGAUGGUUUAAAAUCAAAGUUAGAGUGCCGCUUUGUGCAUUGGUCCUUUACCAAGCAGACACAACGAUAACGUUCGCUUGCAUCUAUCAGCACGCACUGGCUUUCAAAACAUUUGAAAAUGAACAGUAGGUACGGCCACAUAAGGUUUUGGGUACAGUAUAUUAUGCCUUAAACUUUGCCCACCCAACUACGCCUCACUUUGGUUCCUCUCUUCGCCAAUAACCCACUACUGUUGUAUGUACAAACACAGCUGAGGAAUCAAACCUACAUUUAUGAGUUGUCCGAUAAGAAAUAAGCCCUAACACCUAAGGUGAGAUCUACUGACAGCACCCAAAGUGACGUCUGCGUCAUCAACUGAAACAGAACGUCCUGGACUAUUUAGAGUACCAUCUAGAAACUACAUGAGUGUUGCUACCAUUUAGGUUCAGGUGCCAUCUGGGUUCAGGACUCUGUCAGAGCUUAGCCUAAAACUGAUGUUUUUGAAAUCUUCAGCUGAUCGGCAGGCCAACAAUUUGCUGAAAAAGCAAAUACAUUCAAAACCACCUUUGAAAUAAGAAAUUCGAGAUGUGGUAGCAGUAGCUGAAAAGGGUUGGUAGACAUCACAUAAACUAAAGAAAGACCAAAGAAGAAGUCGCAGGUUCUCAAUAAGGGAGGUUCCUAACGACUGAUUUCCCUGAUGUCUAAACAGAAGUUUAACUUAAAACUAAAAGUAAGAAAACACCCUGACAGGCAAGGUCAUUAUUUAUUUAUUUAUUUUGCUGGCAACAUUGGCCAAAACCUGAAUUUACCUCUAAGUUUUUUUUAAAAAAUAAUUUUGCUAUUUUUGCUGUUUUUUUUCUAUAGAUUCAUUAUUGCUGCAGAACAACAGCAGCAUGUGAUGUGGAACAUCAGAUAUUUGUAGUUAGUUAACUGAAAAAGGUAAAACCAUUUAUUAUUUCCUGCAUUUUGCUGAACUUUCAGUGUCCUUUGUAUUGUGCACUCAGCUUGUCAUUUUGCACAGCUUUGUCACUGUUAAAACACACCGAAUAAAGGUUAAAGUUUAAUAUCUCCAACAAAGAAGAUAAUAUCUCCAACCUCGGAGAUAAUAUCCCAUGUAAAGGAAACAGUAUAUCCUACCUAGGAGAUAACAUGUACAAAACAAUAUCUCCUACCUAGGAGAUAACAUCCAACCCAGGAGAUAAUAUCCCAUGUAAAGGAAAUAAUAUAUCCUACCUAGGAGAUACUGUCCUGUAUGAGGGAGAUAACAUCCCAUAUGUAGGAGAGAAUCUCUCACGCCUAGGAGAUAAUAUCACAUAUGUAGGAGAUAACAUCACAUUUGUAGGUGAUAAUGUCUCCUACCUAGGAGAUAACAAUAGGAGGAAAAAGGAGGGAGUAUCAACAGUAUAAUAGUAUAAUAAUUAACCCUUUAAAACCUGAACAAACUGGCCCAAUUCCUUUUGAAAACACACACAAAAGGCAAUGAGCAGCUUUACAAGAAAUAACCAAACAAUUAGCAAAUAAUUAGUUAAAGUUACGGAAAAAUGUCUUGAAAAAUAGUAAAAAACAAACAAGGAAAUGGCCUGAAAAAAGUGCCAAUUAUAUUUGUUGAGAGAGAAAUUUUUUUUUCUCAAAUAGAAAUGUAAAAAUAUAAUUAUAAUAUUUAGAAAUACUUUUUUCCUCAUCAUUUUUUCCUGUUUUUUAUUUAAAUUUUUUUUUUUUUUCAGGGGGGGGUCAGUUUUUGCAAUUUUCAUUCAAUUUGCAUUGCAAUUUGCAAUUUCUUGCCAAGCUAUUCAUUGUCUUUUCUUGCACGUUUCCAAAAGAAAUCAGUUCGCUCAGGUUUCAAAAGUGUGUGUGUGUGUGUGUGUGUGUGUGUGUGAACCCAAUGUGAACCUGCCGUGCCAAACACAUUAAUGUUUCACUGCUGGAACAUUGUGUGAAGCAUUUAAAGUUAUACUUUAAGCACACUCAGUUUCUAAAAGUAUUUUACUAGCAGACGUGAUAAGAUCCACAACAACACCCAAAAAUUGGUGAUUUAAACAUUUUUUAAUUGUUUUUCUUUUAAUAUUUGACGAAAGCCUUCGGUACAAAACUAGAGUUGACCGGCAGUUAGUCUCGCUCACCAGACCUUUCUCAAGAAAAGAAAGGUCUGGCUGCGCCGACUCUCACUUUAAGAUUGGAGAAAAAAACGCCCCAGCUGCUUGUAUUUCUUUCAACCAAUCACAGUCGUUCUGGGCAGUGCCACAGCAACGGUGUGCUUGCAAAAAUAUUGCCGGGGGGAAACAGGUUUUGGUGUAACACGCCCACAAAAAUAUCGCCUACAGGACGCGAACCAUGGCAGAAAAAUGGCUACAUCCAAGCAAGAUCAAACACCGCAAAAGUUAGUAAAGGACGUGUUGAAAACGGUUGAAAACUGCUACACAACCGGAGGUGGUAGGGCGUGACUUCAGCGGGUGGCUCGUUCCGCCCAAUAAGAGGCUGGUCUGCGUAGCUAACUUCCGCCCACUCGGACUAACUUGCAGUUGACGUAGUUUCCUCCAAUCAGAGCUCUGUACGUCACUUAUAGACAAAGCUCUAAUAAACCCUGAGCUCAGAUGGUCGCCGUCAUGUGUGGUACCAACGAUGAGUUAAAGUGAUACCUGGUGGUAAAAGUGUGCAGUACAUCCAAUGAUCCCGACAGCACAUGAAUGCACAUCAAUGCCUAAUUCUCCUGCAGAGAUCUCGUCCUGAAUGUCUUUGCAUGAGGAUAACGUCACAUAUAAAACCUGUGUGUUCAUCUGUCAGUGUUUCCAGGUUCACUGGUCCCGAUGUGUUUGGCCUCAUGGCCUGAUCCCGGCCGUGAGGAGUGUUUGACCUCUCUGUCUGUGUUUUUGAUCUGCUCUCUGCCUAACUGCUGUCAAGAUGUGUGUGUGUGUGUGUGUGUGAGAGAGUGUGUGUUUUUCCUCAUUACACUCUUGGACUUCAGUGACAGAGCGGUGAAAAGUAAGAUGUCUUAAUUGUUCUGAUUUUGGGCGAGUCGAUGUUGACAAAGGUCAAGUGACAGAAUUCAUGUAAGGUUUGAUAUUGUUGGAAAUAAAAAAUGAAUAGAG